AUGGUGUCAGAUAUGAAGAAGCGUGUAGCUAUUAUAGGGGCUGGUCCUUCGGGUCUACCGGCUAUAAGACAUGCAGUUGCUUAUGGAGUAAUCCCAGUAUGUUUUGAAAGCAGCGAUAAAAUCGGUGGAGUUUGGAAUUACACUGAUCAGGAAUCACCCGAUACAUCCGUUAUGCAUACUACUGUAAUGAAUUCGUCAAAAGAAAUGUCGGCGUACAGUGACUUUCCUCCAGAGGCCGAUAAACCGAACUUCAUGCAUCACACACAGCUCUUGCAGUACUUCUGCGACUAUGCCAGCCAUUUUGAUUUGGAAAAAUAUGUCCGAUUGAAUCAUACUGUUCAAAACAUAUACAGAAGUGAAAGUUUCAAAAAUGAUGGUAAAUGGGUGGUGGAGUUCAAGGAUGAUAAGGGAGUUCCCGCGAGAGAAGUGUUCGAUGGAGUUCUGGUUGCCAUUGGACAUCACCAGUUCCCAAAUCAAUCUGCUCGUUGGUCAGGUCAGGAUCAGUUUAAAGGCAAAAUUAUUCAUGCGAAGAGUUACAAACACUGUGGAGGCUACGAUAACAAGAGGGUUGUUGUCGUUGGAGUGGGAAACUCUGGUAUCGACAUCGCCGUAGAAUUGAGCCGUAUUUCACAAAAUAUAGUAUUAUCGAGUAGACGGGGAUGUUGGAUUGCAGGACGUACAUCUGACUAUGGAGUUCCUUUGGAUGUUGCUACAAAUUCUCGUUUUUUCAAUCAUGCUUUACUCCCUUAUGUCCCUUCUUUCUUAAAAAACUAUUUAUUCGAAAGAAAGUUAAAUAUGAAAUUUGACCAUGAAGCAUACGGAUUGCGACCGGCCCAUUCCGUGUUUGGAGCUCACUUGACGACUAAUGACGAUAUUGGAGCCCGCCUAUUUUGUGGAAGUAUAACUAUCAAGCCAAACAUACAGUCGUUCACUGCGAACGAUGUAGUCUUCGAAGAUGGAAGUAGAAUAUCUAAUGUAGACGAAGUCAUAUUGGCAACUGGUUAUAACAUCAAGUUCCCAAUUAUAGAAAACGGUAAACUAAUCAAGACUGAUCAUAACCAACUGGAUUUAUACAAGUUCAUGUACCCUGUCGGGCUAGAGAAAAACACCUUGGCCGUACUAGGGUGUAUACAGCCUUCUGGUUGUGUAUGGCCGAUAGCUGAAAUGCAAUCAAGAGUAUUCUUGGCCCACUUAACUGGUGAAGCCGAGCUCCCAACAGUAUUAGGAAUGGAAACUGAUGUUCAUCUGAAGCGUAUUGAUAUGAUGAAUACUUUUUACGGUAGUGAUCGGCACACAAUUCAAGUUUCUUAUGUUCCGUACAUGGAUGAACUGGCAGCUCUACUCGGAUGCCGUCCACACUUUGCAGAUUUCCUUCUGUCAGACCCCUGCUUAGCUUACGAAACGACUUUUGGACCUUGUUCUCCAUAUGUUUAUCGCUUGAAAGGGCCUCAUGUUUGGACCGGUGCACGAGACGCUAUUUUAAAGUUGAAGAAGCGGGUACGUCAAGGCUAUAACCCAGGCAAAAACUCAUAUAGAAAGAAAGAUGUAGUCUCAAUUGAUGUGUACAUGCUAUUGAUAGUCUUAACUAUCGCUAUUCUUUGUUAUUUUUUGUUUUAA